CCUACAAUACCUCAUUGUCAAGUAACGAUGAAGCUCUGUGCAGACUGCAUUGCUGGCACCCGCCUCACCGGCACGCCCACUGGUGAGAUGAUCAAGCUCGCCUCAACUGACUGCUACUAUGCCCGCGCACCGGACGAUGUGCGCGUUCCUGCGGCAGAGAAGAGCGCGAUUCUGGUGUUCACGGAUAUCUUUGGCCUGCCUCUGGGAAAUCCGAAAAUUAUGGCGGAUGGGUAUGCGAAGGAGAGUGGCUUGGAUGUUUAUGUACCGGAUAUGUUCGCUGGUAACCCCCCCGUUGACGACAACGACCUCAGGACAUAUGAUCACUGGCAAGUGGGCGUCAAACCUCCGAUAUGGAAGAACCUCGGCUUCACCUGGCAGAUCUUCAAGAGCAUGCCAAACCUUCUCACGACCAACUGGCCGUCUAAUGUGGGGAAGCGCAUGAAGACGUUCAUCGAAACUCUCAAAAAGGAAAAGGGACUAGAAAAGAUUGGAGCAGUUGGGUAUUGUUUCGGAGGUAUGAUGGUUGCGGAGAUGGCACCCUACCACGUACUCUCGAGUGGUGUCAUCUGCCACCCAGGUGGAUUUUCGCUGAAAUUGGUGACACAAAUGGAUUACCCUGUUUCUUGGGUCGUUGCCGAAGAGGACUUUGCCUUCCCUGCCGCAAAAACCGUCGAAGCCGAACAACUGCUUGCAGCGCGUACCGAAAGAUCAGAUGCAAUCGAGUAUGAGUUCAAGCGCUACAUGGGUACGCGGCACGGUUUUGCGUGCCGGCCAGCACUCGACAUGCCCGAGGUGAAGAAGGCUUGGGAAGAUGCGGCCGAGCAGACAGUGAACUGGUUUAAGAAAACGCUGAUAUGAUGAGUCUCUGCUAGACGAGGUUAGCAAGCGGUUGUUUUCCCGAUGUCAAGGACUUGUUUCUCUUUUCUCCCUCCUUGUCUCUCCGCUGGAUGUUCAAAUACUGCGUUUGCCCCAUGUUAACAAUCCCGUCUGGAUCGGAAUCACAGCCAU